CUUCUGUCGCGCGAAUGCAACGAUAGCCGAGACAAGACGGAACAAGUUGCAGUCUGCAGUGAUUGUUAUUUCUUGCCGCUGUCCGUGAUCUCAAGUUCUUUUCGUAUCACCGUGUGAAUAUAAUCACAUAACAAGAGCUUUUCGUAAUUCCUUAUAUAUUACGGUAGUGUACUAAUUUACAAGAGUUCGCACACGUACGCGUGAAAAUCUAGCAAAUAGCGAGGAGAAAAAAAUGGGAAAAAGCUCUAAAAAGUCUAAAAAGAAGACUCGCACGCAGGCUGGUAGGAGAGUAUCGCGCAAAAAAGAGUCUGCAAAGAGGCGAAAGCAGGCAUAUUUAGCAAAGAACAAACUAGUUGAUCAUGGUACUGAGAAUGAAUUCACUAGUACUCCGAGCUCUGUUGGACCUCAGUCUGAUGUAACAAAUUCUGAGAUUAACCCAGAACCGACGCACUCUCUUUGUCAAAUGCAGGAAGAACUAGUGGAUAACCACAAGGAAAAGAUAGAGGCGAACGAAGAGAAAGGUGCACUCGAACCCAUUGGGCACUGCGUGGACAAUGGAGAUUUGAUUUCUGUAAUUGCAGAUGACAUGAAGGAUACAAAAAUAUUUAACAAGAAAGGUGCACAUAAUAAAACUAUUGAGCAUUGGGAAGGCAAGAAGGACUUGGUUUCCAAUAAUAAAGAUGAUUUAGAGAAACCAGAAGACUACGAGGAAGAGGGCAUUUGUAACCAGAGCAAUGAACACUUUAAAGAUAGGGAAUUCAUUAAUGGUAAUAGUUCUGAGCAUGCACGUAACAUUUAUGAAAUUAUGCCGAAAGAUAAUUUCAUUGUGAAUGUAUCUCAUUUUAUGCGUGAAUUCCGAAUGACGUUCACCAAUCAUGCGCGUGGGGUCAAUUGUCAAUUCAAGCACUGGAAAUUUGUCACUUGUCGUCGCCACGGUUUACUCACGCAAUUCUUUUUCAAAUGUGAUGCAUGUCUCUAUGAAGGCAAUGUUUGGUCGCAUCCAAUAGGGACGAAAACGCCAGACGUUAAUAAUACAGCUGCCCCGUAGCUGCGAGUAUUGCGGCAGGAAUGGAAAGUCGCGAGAGAAUCGAUUAUUUGCUAUGGAAUUGUAUCGGGGGGAAAAAAUGUAUGAGGAGAUUCGGGAUUAUUUAGUUACGACUCAAGAAUAAUACGAAAAAUUGACUAAUCUCGAAGAACUGAAUUCAAACUCUAUUGGAAAAUUUUAAUUUAAGUCUUGUUUGCACAAGUUAUACUUUUAUCAAUAAGAUACCUACAUAUACAUAUUCUUUAGCGUAUGAGUAGCGGAAUGCAAGAUCCUCUUCGUUUUUAAAUUAUCAAUUUAUCAUUAUAUGAGUUAUUGAUUUCAUUUUAAUUCUAUAAGAGUGAAAUUAGAGCGAUAUACGCAUUAAUACCUUUGAUUUUAAGUUUAUGUUAUGGUAAGCUCAACAAUAAUGAAAAAUAUAUGCGUACAUUUCUAUUGUGAUAAAGUUUUAAAGAUGAAUUUGCGUACUCUUAGUUUAUUUUAAGUCUUCUGUGUAGUAGGAAAUGGCUUUUAUAUUGUAUUGUAUGGUGCAUUUUAAAUAGUACGUGUAUACAAAGUUGUGUACAAAAUUCUCGUAAUAAAAAUUUGAUUUUUAUUUGACAAGAAUUAAAUAGUACAAUUAUUGUUUAACAUUUUUGUCCAGGCAUCCCGGAGUUCCUAUUCUUCUUAAAUAGUAUUACAUCUUCUUGAUACAAAAUUAGAAAUGUUUAAUCUUCAAUGAAGUAGCGCGAAAAAAUGGAAUUUGAUGGAAAUAUGAGCUAAAAGUAGUGAGACUCGAACCACUUUACAAUAUACAUAUAUUCUUUAGCGUAUGAGUAGCGGAACGCAAGAUCUUUUUCGUUUUUAAAUUAUCAAUUUAUCAUUAUAUGAGUUAUUGAUUUCAUCUUAAUUCUAAGAGUGAAAUUGCGAUAUACGCAUUAAUACCUUUGUUUUUAAGUGUCUUCUGUGUAGUAGGAAAUGGCUUUUAUAUGUAUGUAUUGUACUGUAUGGUGCAUUUUAAAUAGUACGUGUAUACAAAGUUGUGUACAAAAUUCUCGUAAUAAAAAUUUUAUUUCUAUUUGACAAGAA